AUGGCAACGCAAUCAACCUUCCCUCAACCUCCUUACCCUCUUCACGACUCUGUGAAAGAUCUCUUGGAUCCUGAAUACGUCGAAUUCUAUAAUGAGUACCUUCUCAACGCACCACAGGUACACUACCAGCCAGUCUCUGCCUCUCGUGUUGGAGGUCUGCUAAUUCCGGGCGGAACUGAUCCAGUGCCUGUAGGGGCCACGACUGAUGUUCAGCUUCCCCGCAGGGAAUCUGCAGGACCUCCAGUUCCCGUGAGGGUCUUCAUUCCUCCGGGGACGCCACCUUCUUCAGGAUGGCCAGUCUUCCUAUGGUAUCACGGAGGCGGCUGGGUAAUAGGAAACAUCGACUCGGAAAACAGUCUCUGCACCAACCUGUGUGUUAGCGCAAAGUGCGUAGUGAUUACUACAGACUAUCGACUAGCACCGGAGAAUCCGUUCCCUGCUGCAGUCCACGAUGCUUGGGAGACCGUACUUUGGGUUGUCAAAGGUGCAGCGGCUCCCGCUCUGAACACAAGUCUUGACCUUUCCAAGCUCUCUAUUGGCGGCUCGAGCGCCGGUGGUAAUCUUGCCGCCGUCAUGACACAAAGGGCGCUCGUGCACGAGGCGUUUGUUGGUCAGCCAGGCUUCAAAUACCAGAUCUUGGUAGUUCCCGUCACGGACAACACUGCGUCCACUGAAUCAAGCGCCACCUACAAAGCAUAUGAACACACGGCAGCUCUACCGGCUGAUAAGAUGCUAUGGUACCGACGUCACUAUCUUCCAAAUGAGGCAGACUGGCUGUCGCCCGAAGCAUCGCCUCUUCACGCAACUGUUGAAACGUUCUCCAAACUGCCCCCUGCACUGAUCGUUGUCGCCGGCUUGGAUGUGCUGCGGUGGGAAGGAGAGGAAUAUGCACGAAAGAUGAAGGAAUCGGGCGCACAUGCCGAAGUAGCGGUAAUUGAAGGAGUGCCACAUCCGUUUAUUGUCAUGGACGCAGUGCUCCAGAAGGGCAGAGAUGGUAUGAAGUUGGUUUGUGAGAAGCUUGCGGAAGCUCUCAAGUAG